AAACACGACCAUUCUUCCGGUAGUCCAACUAAUGGAGCGUUUGAAUAAAAUUAGUAUGAAUAUUUGCUAAAUUCGAGCGAUAUGGAGCCAGUCUUCCUCCGGUUUAACUCGUAUAACUUUGAGGCUGAUCAGCGGUUUGUGGACGGACUUAAAACUUUCAGCAAGUCGGAGAAAAGCAGAGAAGUAACGGAGCUGCUGAAGCUCAAACUCUUCUUUUACAACAAGUUUGUUGAGCCAAUAGACCAGCACGACUACAAGACGUGGAGCUCCUCUUCUUCCCAUGGAGGGGGUGAACAGCUGGACCAGAGGACCCCUUUACAAAACCCACCACCACCAACAUCUGCAGGUCCAGAGGCGCAGCAGCUUUCCUUUGCAGAGGUGAUGCAGCUGGUUCAGGAAGGAAAGGAAGUGCCCGGAGUGAAAAGACUGGACAUCAAACCCAGUAACCAGAGCCCCACUCCUUCUCAGAUGAAACAAGUCCUGAAACCCUGGAACACCUCAGCAUCUGCAGGGGGCUUGUAG